CCGACGCAGGGCGCUCAGGGCGCGACACGGCGAACACGCGGAUCUGUCGUUUGCACGACACCAUGGCAGCUGACGCGGUACAGACGAUACGUCAGACGUGCCGAGGUUAUUGUACGACACAACAGAUACAACACAUGCAACACUGCUGCAGGCACCGUGCGGGAGCAUCACAGCAGACACGUCGCGCAGACCACUGCAACAGACAUGAUACACCGGCACCGUCGCAUGGGCGUCGAUGAACAGCAGCCGACAACAGACGUGGGCCGGGAUCGCCACGCUCCCGCCAUCAAACGCUCAGCCCGACCCUCGGGUAUUCAGUGUGCUGAUGUUCACGUCUGAUGUCACGCGAGGCGACAUUGGACUUUGUUCCCUCAGCGAGAUCACUCCCGUCGAGUGUAGUGGAGCCGCCCGUAUCUGUCAGUGGCACCGGCGCUGGCUAGGCCGCUGUUGAUGAUUUGGUGACGUAUGUGACUCACUUACCUGAAGCGAACGCUUGCACUGAUCGACCGUCACAUGUGCUAACACUUAUUCGGAUCGGGCUGACCGGCAUGUCGUGCUGUAUCUUGUAUAAGUAGCUUGUCUAACUCGCGCGCGCCGGUUGCUGUCGGGGCGGCAGGUGCUGGGCCUGCGCAGGCGACGCCGUCCCCAGCGGCCGCCAGGUGGCGGUGAUGGCGGCCGGCGCCGCGCUGCGCCCCAGCCUGGCCGUGGAGGCUGACGCGGCCUGGUUCGCUGAGCCGGGCAUCAUGAACGUCAUGACCAACCGGCGCGGCGUGCUGGGCGUGCGGUGGGAGCAGUUCACGCCGCGCGGCCCGGAGGUGGCCUGGGCAGAGGUGCACGCCGGCGGCCUGUACCGACGCCGCGGCCAGCUCUGGGCCCUCUCCGCGAAGGGUCAGCUGUACGGCGGCGGUGGACACGACGGUGACCUUCAGGUGGUGCCGCUGCCCGAGAGGGGCUGUCAUGUGCAGAGUGUGUCGGCCGCGCCCGGCACGCUCUGGCUGCUGACCACGAACGGCCGUCUGUUCGUCCGCGAGGGGGUGGAGCAGAGCGCGCGCGGCACAGCCUGGGUGCAGCUCGACCUCAUGCAGAUCGACGGGUGUCGGCUGACGCAGCUGUCGGUGGGCGCCUAGUCUGUGUGGGCGUGUGACG